AUGACAAAUAACUCGGAUGACCAGAUAUCUUCAUCUGUUGGAAUAGAUGAUGCUGUAGCACAGUUUGAAACAUAUGAGGACUAUCUAGAUUCCCAGAUAACGGCCACUGAUCUUUUUUAUUUGGAGGAUGAGGAAAUAGCUCGACAACUUGUUGAACUAGGUUACAGAGGAUCAGGUGAAACACUCAAACGUGAGGAGUUCAACAGUCGUAAGAAAGCACUUGCUGAGGCAAUGCUAGCUAAAGAGCAACAAAAAAAUGCAUUGUCUUCUUUCGGUCUGAAGAUAACGUGUCCAUUCCUUCGAGCUUUAGUUGAGCGGGAAGGUUCUAAUCGAACUGGUCAAAUGUCCACUAUUAUUUUUAUUAGAGAUAAGAAUUCACGUGGUCAAGAAAUAUCGGGCUACAUAGAUUAUGCACAUCGUUUGAAAUCUGAAGACUUCACAGUGUAUUUUAAAGAAAAGAAAAAGUUGCUCCCAAGAACAGGAGAUCUAAGUUUCUACAAUUGGGAAACUCACAAUGUUGUAGCCAAUUCAUCACCGAAUUAUACUGUAAUAACAGAAAAUCCUAACGGCCUUCUUUUGAAGAAUAAACGUGAUAGAAAAAUUUUAAAUGUUGACUCAACUGCUGCAUCCCCUGGUGAUAAUUCCAAAAGAACAAUCGUCGAAACUGACAAGUAUCUUCAAGUUGUUAUCUACGAUCAUAUAACUAAGAGAAAAACGUGA